AUGACCACGCCUCCGGAGGCAAAUCUUACUUCCUGCGACUCCUCCCUUCCACAACAGCGCCUGGAAUAUGAACUGGGUUCAUUCGCGACCCAGGUACAAGACAUCCGCCCAAGGCAGCAAAAGAGCACAGCGAAGAGCUCGGGCGAUCUGAACGCGGCUACCGCCACGACUCCCGCUGUUCGGACAGCGUCUACUGUUUCUGCAUUGCAGGUUAUUCAGCAAGGGGGGUUGAACAGCCGCUCGGGUGCGAAGCUGGAAUCUAGCGACGGUGCUGCACAGGCUAUCAAGAGACGGGUUGACUAUUCGUCUGGGAACGACAGUCCCGCUUCGAAGAGGGCCAGGACUGACCACACAGCCUCGUCUCAGCUCUCCUCACGAAUUGGAGAGUAUGAAGCUCCUCGAAGCAUUAUCGAGGAUAUGAACAGUCCAUAUGUAAAGCAUGCAAGCACUCCCCAACAGGUCAGCAACGGGACAAGCAAUUCCAGCACGGAGCAACUACGAUCUGGCGCACUCAGAAAACUUCGGAACAUUUGGCACGACGAACACUAUGGGAUUCCAGAAAAAUGGCGUGUCAUGUCGAUUGACGUCAAGAUAGCCCUACCUUAUCUCAACCUCUGCCAGCAGGCCAAGGAACAAGGUCUUCCGCUCGCAUGGCUUUGGGUAACCGAGCCAUGCUAUUUGGAAAAAGCUUGCAGAAGUGAGGGCAAAUUGUCUUUCGCUUCCAUUGAAAAGGCUAGCCUCAAUAUGAGGCGUGCUAAAGUCUUGCCCCGGCCGCCUCAAUCUGGUACCAGGAAGACGGACUCGUGCACAGAAACCCUUCCCGCCCGUUCAGGAACCCUGGCUGCGAAUGCUGCAAAAGAAAGCGUCAACCACAAACCUAUCCCUCGCCGGCAAACUCAUGUCUCAAAGGAACAGAUGCACAUUCUGGAUUCGUCACAUAGCCAUUAUCCACCUUUCCCAGGUCAGGAUGUCCGACCAGGAUCAAUACCGCUCAAGCUGCUACACAAUUUCACAACCGAGGCGAACGAGAGUGCGCUGUCCCGCACAUUGGAAGCGCAGCGUCCACUCAGCCCAAGUCAACAGCCUGUAGACGUCGCAAAACCGACGCAAAACUGCGAGGAUAACCAUGAACUGCUGUCUAUGAGCGACAGCACUCAGGAAAUUUCUGCAAGCCAAUGGCCUCCGAGUCCCGAGCUCCCCCAACAGCCCGUCAUCAACUCGCUUGAGGAGCCAACCUCGUCGCGUCCGCCAUCAUUAUCCCCAGUCCAAAGAAGUCGCCAGAAGCCGAACCAUAUACCUGCAGACAGCUCUCCUGUCGACAAAUGCCCAAGCACUGUAUCAGAUAUAGCCCAAAGUACAAGUGAUGAAGAUUCUUCUGCUUCGGCCUCCUUGAACGGGGAUGAUCCUGUCGUCAGCAAUAAGAAGGCGGAGGAAUGCCAGAGUGAAGAUAGGGGAAGGAAGACUAAUCUGCAGGCUCCAGGGCGUACGAUUCCCGCCUUGGGUAGUCCCGAAGCAGGAUCUGAGUCUCUUUCCCCUGUGCCAUCCACGUCCUCCUCUCGUGGCGUGAACAACGCUACUGCAGGCCGACAAAGCUCUGAACAGCUUCACUUCAGUGCUCAGAGUGCAGUUGAGGUGACGCGAACUCCCUUUGUCGGAAGACGAGGGCUGACAGAGGCUUCGAGAAAAAUCGUCAUAAAGGGAGCGAGCUCUAAUGUUUCCGAAGUCGUCGACUCAACUUUCGUGCCUUCAACUUAUAUCGAAACUACGAACUGCAACCGGACUGAAAGUGGGCAAAUACAGCCUGAACGGCCACGAACUACGACCAGCUUCCGUGCACCAGCCUCUCCUUCAAAGCAACUACGUUUGCCGGGAAACAAGGAGCCUACUCGCCCACUUGGUGUGCAUCAAGCAUCUUCUCCACGUGAUUUCAGCAAUGGGGCGGUUGCAAGUCAUCUUCAAGCAGCUCGCGAGUAUCGUCGCAGCGUUCUGAGACCUAUCAGCAAGCCAGUGCCAACACAAAGUCAGGGCGUGGGAGCAUUUGAGCAUUCAGCCAAGGAUCCUCCUAGUGCACCUAUUUCGCAGACUUCGAACGAGGCCGGGCCCAGCGAAGAUGACGCAUCAUCUGUGAAGAGAACAUUGCCUACACCAACCACUUCACCGUUAACCAAUCCUCACUUGAUUAGCAUGAACCACAACGAACGUGCCGAUAGAAUUCUUGACACUAUAGCAAGCUCGAACCCGGCGCUAAGUGGUACAUUCUCUCGAUUCCGGGACGCCUAUUCAGACUACAAAGGUACGCAAAAGCAAUUCGAAGUAGCGUGUCGACUUUUGCUAAAGCACAACUCACGACAACGCGUGCACUCAUCUCUCUUGGACGAUUUUGUGUUCCAUUAUACGCAGACCUAUCCCAGCUACUUCGCUGAAUGUCAUGAAUUAGGCGAGGAGGCUCUUCCAUACGGCGACUUCUUCGACACUGUGCAGCCCACUCACAUGAAGAGGAUUAUUGAUUUUACUGCACUUGAACGCGAGAGUGGCACAAAUGUCGCCCAGCCGUCCAAAGCGACUGCGUCAACGAACAAUUUGCUCGCUUCACAGGGACCCAAAGGCAAUAAUCCUUUUCAGGCAGCGCAGGAGUCCUAUGGUGGCUCAGAUGCGUUCUGGUGCAUCACUCCUGCCAUAGCCAGCAAAGCCGAUGCUUCACUCGCUCGGGAACCGGCGCUCCCUGGGCAAGAUCUGACCUCAUCUCAACAUACAUCGGUCCAGGAAUGGAUCUUGGCUACACGAGGCGAGUCACCUGAACUUGGCACUCCUGACAUCGCUCGCUCGUCCAAAUCGCCAAGAAGCUCAUUGCAAGCUACCCCAGCCAUGUCAUUCAAAAGGUCGCCGCCCGUCGAUGCUGAACAUCUGGCAACCAUCAAACGAUCCAAAUCGAACCCAACAGCUGCAGCCACGACCAUAGCCGCCACAGUCGCCACAGUAGCGAGAACCUCGCAGAAACAUCACGCAAGUUUCGCCACAGACACUCCAUCUAACAACAAGACUGAUCGACCUGCCAAUCAGGCUGUUGCUGCUACUCCACGUUCAACACCAGCAGGUGCUAGGAGUCUUCCAGCUUCCUUCUCGGCUCAUCGGAGUAUGAUGGACCGCACGGUUUCUGCUCCAUCUGCAGGCACAGCCGUAUCUGCAACCCCAUCGAGACCACCUCGUCCGCCAGUCACUAUUCGGCCAUUCGCAUAUAAGGUAAAGCGCCAUGCGCCGUCACAGAAACCCGCCGUUCCUCCAGCAUCCGCGUCGCCCUUUGUGUUACCCUCUAAAAGCGCAGCGCGGCUGGGCGAAUAUUGGUGGAAGGAUGAGAACACGCCUUUUAAAAAGUUUUUCUCCAGCUGGAAUAAGCUGUACUCGGAGAAAUCUCAGGAUAGGACCCCAGCUGCCCAGGCUGGCGUGAAUCCUUACGCUCUUGCGGACGUCACGCAAUGGAGGAAGUAA